ACUUCCAGCUGGAGUUGAGUGCGGACUGAAGAGGUACACAGCUGUGUGUAUCCAGACAUAAACGGGACAUGCUGUCUGUUGGUUUACUGUUUUUGGGCAUCUUCCGUAAUGCCCAGGCAUAUCUUCUGCGUCCAAAUGCCACAGGUCAUUUUGGCCAUGUCUUAAGACUUGUUGUAUUUUCGAAAUUAUAUGAUGGAUGGUUGCAUAUGCUUUGAUUUGAAUUAUACAAUUUGCCAAAGCUGAUGAAUAACCGUCAGGAGACCACCUUGCACUUUGUGUUUUCUGUUUCAGGAUUCUCUGGCACGUUGUCGUUGAGCUCAGGAAUCUCGUUUUAGAGAAGCUUGUAGAUGUCUUUUAAGGACAUUUACCAAAAUUGUAAAUUUUGGGGAGUUUUUUUAUAUGUAAGGAAGAGGUUAUAGGUACAUAAUUCGAGUUCCAAAAACUCCAUAAAUUCCUCUUCCUACUUGAAAAUAACCAGUUUCUCACAAUUUUUUUGUGAUUUAAGGUAAUCUCAUAUCAAGGAAUUGGUAUUACAGAAAAGUAAGAUCCCAAAACUUCCCUCUUUUUGGAGCUUAAAAUACUUUACAACAUCUUUUUUGUGUAACAUUUCAGAUAAAAGAAGCCGACGUGAAAAUAGAUCGGCAAGGGAACUAUCGAUGCCUCCAACUUCUAAUCUUGUUAUCAGUGGGGCAGCAGCUAGUGCUGUUUUCAAAUCAGCCUGUGAAGAGCGGGUUCUGCUAGCUUAUACUGAUUAUAACUCGGACAUCACAAAGGUUGUAAAUUUAUUUUCAAAGUAUGGUGAAACGGUGAAUACAGUACGUGUGAGUAACGAUGCUGUUAAGAGCGUACUAGAAAUAGUUGGAUGGCCAUCAAUGCCGCUUAUUUUUGUUAAGGGAAACUGUUGUGGUAGCUUUAAAGAACUUUAUCAACUGGAGGAAAAUGGUUCGUUGAAUGAAUGGUUGAAGGAACAUCAGUAUGAUCUUGCUGUUGUUGGAGGCGGUUCUGGUGGUCUAGCAGCUGCAAAGGAGGCUGUUCGUCUAGGUAAAAAAGUGGUUUGUUUGGAUUUCGUCAAGCCAUCAACAAUGGGAACAACUUGGGGUUUGGGUGGAACUUGUGUUAAUGUGGGCUGUAUACCGAAGAAACUGAUGCACCAAGCUGCACUUUUGGGCGAAUAUAUCGAAGAUGCUAAGAAGUUUGGUUGGGAAAUACCUGAAGGUGCAAUAAAACUGAACUGGCAUCAACUAAAAAACGCUAUACAAAAUCAUAUUACUUCGUUGAAUUGGGCAUACCGAGUUCAAUUGAGAGAAAGAUCAGUGACUUAUAUGAACUCGUACGCUACUUUUACUGGUUCACAUGAACUAAGUGUCAAAAACAAAAAAGGGAAAGUUGAAAAAGUCACUGCUGACAGGUUUUUGAUCGCUGUCGGAUUAAGACCACGCUUUCCUGAUGUUCCAGGAGUACUGGAAUGCUGCAUUAGCAGUGACGAUUUGUUUUCACUCCCCUAUAAUCCGGGCAAAACCCUUUGCGUUGGUGCAUCAUAUGUUUCGCUGGAGUGUGCUGGAUUUUUGAGAGGUAUUGGUAAUGACGUAACGGUUAUGGUUAGGUCAAUUUUAUUGCGUGGUUUGGAUCAGGAUAUGGCAGAGCGCAUUAAGAAACAUAUGAUAGAGCAUGGCGUCAAAUUUGUUCCGUAUAUACCUAUUAAAUACGAAAAACUCAAGGAGCCAACCAACAAUGAACCAGGAUUGAUUAGAGUUCAUACUGUUCAGGAACGUGAAGAUGGAACGAAAGAGGAAGUUGCGGAAGAAUUUAAUACAGUCUUGAUGGCAAUAGGACGUGAUGCUAUGACAGGUGAUCUUGGUUUGGAUCUGGUCGGUGUAGACUGUACAGAGUUUGGUAAAAUAAUUGGAAGAAGAGAGCAGAGUGUUAGUUGUCCUUAUGUGUAUGCCAUUGGUGAUGUGCUACAUGGCUCUCCGGAACUUACACCUGUUGCAAUACAAGCAGGUAAAGUUCUAAUGCGACGCCUCUUUACUGGAAAUUCUGAGCUAACCGAAUAUGGCAAAGUACCAACAACAGUAUUUACACCGUUGGAAUAUGGUUCAUGUGGAUUAUCUGAGGAUGCUGCUAUCCAAAAGUAUGGAAAAGAAAAUAUCAAUGUGUAUCACAACAUGUUCAUUCCUCUUGAGUACGCGGUGACGGAACGAAAGGAAAAAACGCACUGUUACUGCAAACUGAUCUGUCUGAAGAAGGAACAAGACUUGGUUCUUGGUUUUCAUAUCCUCGCACCAAACGCGGGUGAAAUAACACAAGGCUUUGCAAUCGCUUUGAAAUUUGAUGCGAAAAAAGCCGAUUUUGAUCGAUUGAUCGGUAUUCAUCCAACUGUUGCUGAAAACUUCACGACACUAACGUUGCUUAAAGAGGAUGGGCAAGCACUGAAGGCUACAGGAUGCUGAGGUUAAAGUGCGACUGUUAUUUAUGCGCAAAUAACAGUCAACAGCUUUAUAAUUGAAACAGCUGCGCGUGGACUGCGCGAUUCAUCACACAUCCAGUGUGGUUAUGUGACGAAUUUGGGCUAAACUCCGCUACGAGCGCCCAUUUUCCGAUGGUUUCAGUUUGAGAGCUUUUUUUUUCUACUAUCGGUUCCCUAUUUCC